CGAGAGUCAAAAGGAAGGCAGGGCAGUAGGGAGGCUAUAUGGAUGGGACCCAUCUCCAUUCUUUUUAGUGUAAGUUAGCUUUUUUUAGAUUAGCAGGACAGUAGAGGCCACCCGGCUAACCUGACUGGGAGUGUACAGGUGGCAGGAGAGGGGGUGGGAAAUGGAGGGCUGAUGGACAGCAGAAAGAACCAAUCAGAGGACAAUGCUGGCCAGGAACCGCUUCAUCCUGUUGCUGGUGGUUGGGGUGGUGCUGGCUGUUCUCAGCUACAGCGUGCAGUACUUGCAGCUGGUGCCGGUGUCUCCGGUGGAGUCCAGCCGCUCUGGCGUGGGGAAGAGCAGGAAGAGGGUGAACCCCGUGCUGCAGACGCCGCCCGCCACACCCGACCCCCUGGCCGGAGCCUACCGCUACUGCAACACCCCCAACCGCACUCAACAGACAUGGGAGGGCCACAGCCCUGCAGACUACCAGCUGCUCUCCGUGCAGGUCAUGAUUCGUCAUGGCGACCGCUACCCUCUCUAUUCCAUCCCCAGGACCAAGAAACCUCCUAUAGACUGCACCUUGUCUCCUAACAAAGCGCCUUCCCACCCACUCCUGUCCUCCUUCAUCAGUGACAUGGCUAAAGACGGCCAGACUGACAACUGGGACGCCUCCCUCACCUCUCUGGCCCGCCUGCCCAAUCACAGAUCAUGUGAGAUGGGCGAGCUCACACAGACAGGUGUGGUCCAGCACCUGCGUAACGGGCAGGUGUUGCGGGGCGCGUACCUGCGUGGUGUCCCGCUGCUGCCGGCGUCCCUGGGCUCGUCUCAGGUGCUGCUGGAGACGACGGGGAAGAGCCGGACGCUGCAGAGCGGCCUAGCGCUGGUCUACGGACUGCUGCCGGGCUUCUCCCGGCCGGCCCUGAAGGUCCGGCAGCACUGGAACGCGCUCUUCUGCGGCCGCGCCUGCGACUGCCCCGCUCGCCAGCGCCACCUGGAGGCCGAGCAGCGACGGCAGUACCGGCUGCGCGUGGCCGACACGCGCCUCGACCGCGCCUACGUCGACAUGGCGGCGGCGCUUGGCGUGGCGCCGCGGGUGCUCCGGGCGGCCAAUCCGGUGGACGCGCUGCUCUGCCACCUGUGCCACGGGCUGCCUUUCCCCUGCCGCGUCGCCGACGGCAGCGCCAACACGUCCUCGUCGCCGGCGUCCAGCUGCCUGACCCCGGCGCACCUGGCGGAGAUCCGGCGUCAGCAGGAGGAGGACGAGCGGGAGCGCCAGGUGGCGGGGCUGUACCACCGCUACGCCGUGCUGGCCGCCCAGCCCUACCUGGAGCGCACGGCCGCCCGCAUGGAGCGCGUCGCCCGCGGCAACCCGGCGCCGCCGCCCUCCGAGCCCCUCGUCACCGUGGCGUCCGCGCACGACAUCACCAUGGCGCCGCUGCUAAGCGCCUUGGGCCUGGAGGGCGUGGCCGGCUUCCCGAGCUUCGCCGCGCGGCUGGUGAUGGAGCUGUGGAGGCGGCCGAACGCGGGCGGAGCGAGGGAUAGAGCCAGGGUGGCGGAGGAGAAGGGGAAGGAGUGGGGGAGGGAGCUGAGGGCCAAGCGCUCGCAGGAUGACCUGUUUGUGCGCGUGCUGUACAACGGCGAGGACCUGACGUUCCACACCACCUUCUGCCGCACGCACCCACGCCACACGCACACGCCGCUCUGCCCACUCGGCAAGUUCCUGCGCUUCGUCCGCGGGGACAUCUUCAGCCCGCUCAACGCCACCAGCUACCAGCAGGCAUGUCACGCCACUGGACCUUAGCGACCAUACACACACACUCACACACACUCGCAUACACAUGCAUACACACACGCAUACACACAUGCAUACACAUGAGACAGCCAGAUAGGAUGGAGAAAAAACCUGCCUCAGACACACACACACACACACACACACAAAUACACAAGGCAGCUUGCUACAUAUACUUGAACCUGCUAGAUGCAUGUGUAUAUAUACACACACACACCAGGGUUUCGGUUAUCCGGUAAUACCCGGCCGGACAUUGUCCGGGAAAAAAACAAUGUCCGGCCGGGUAUUUGGAAAAAAUAUAUAAAACGAUAAAAUGUUUGAUUGAAAUUGGCUAAUAAUCCCGUCCACCUAACACAAUAUGAAUUUGAGAAUAAGCCUAAAAUGUAGGCCUAUACUAAAGCAAGAAUACACCAUCUGGCUAUGUUUCAAAUAAAACGUCUGUUAUGUCAGUUAACAACGAACAAAGCGAUAAUAGGAUAUUUGAUCAAAAUGUCCGGAAAACAAAACCAUUUUUUCCAAGUGGAAACGCUGACACACACACAUACAUACCUUACAUACAUACGCACAUACAGUAACCUGCCACAAAACCUGCCACAACCAUGAUUCUAUAAAUCCUGCCACACACUCAGGAAAACCACACACACACACGUAUGGUCACAAAUACACAUUCUCACACACACACACACGUACACACACAUCUGAGAAAAGUGUUUGGAGUUGUUUGUUGGACUGAAUGGAAGUUAACAGCACUAGGCCUACAGGUAACUUCCCAGACAUACCUGUUGAGAGAAGUGAGAUCUGGUCCACCAAAUCCAUUUCCUUGAUGAGUGCUGGAGGGCAUUCCAGGUCCUUGAAGGAAGGACACUCACAUUCCCUACUGUUUUACUAUAGUAUUUUGUACUUAAAACUCUUCGUCCAAGGGCUAACCAAUAGACUAUUCUAUUCUUGGAACUGACACAAUUUUAAGACGGUACAUGCAUUCCCUUGCAUUAACACACACACACACACACCCCACAUCACUUUUUCUAUUGAAGGAUGUUUACGUGUGGUGAAUUGCACAAACUUUUCCAGUGGUCUCAGUACUCUCGUUUUAAACAUCCCGUGUUGCUGAGGUUCCCGAGUCGACUCGUGAGACAUCUCCAUGAGACAUGUUGCCACACAGGACUUUUGGGACCAAGUUCUUGGGCACAACGCCACUUUAAUCCUCCACGACCCAGUCUGUGGGCAUUCCUUACACGCCGUUCCCUCAGCUGGACCGUAGGACGUCCUCCGUGCUGGAACAGACGAGCGAAAGGAAACGGUGCAACAUUGUUUUGCCAGUGUAAUUAUAAUCUUUAACAUCAGUUGUUACCUGUAACAAAGUCCUGUUGUUUUACCAUUUUGAAUGUUGGAUUAAGUAUUGUAUCAUGUUUUUUUUGCCUCUGUGUAACAGUUAAUUCUCAUGUUUUAGGCCUAACGGUUGUAGAUAAUUUAUCUGUUAAACACAAAUUCCUCUGUUGUUUGCUAUGAACAUA